CAAGGGACUUUAGCUAACACUUCCGUUCUUGCAGAAUAACUUUUCUUAUUGGACAGUGAUUAUCGGGCGAAAUAAUAAAUGCAACGCGUUUCUUUGUAUUCUUGCAACGUGUGGCUAUAGACCGGAUGGGAGCGUGCAUCGGCCAGCUUCCAAUCUCACAUCGUUGCGUAAUUCAUGACUGUGCGACAUCGCGAGAUCUCGCUGGGUCGGUCACGUGACAUCGUACUUCCACAGUUAUUUUUUCAGGCAUGAUGGCGCCAAACGCCAGUAUUCACUUUUAUGUAAAUAUAUUAUUGAUUUGGUGCGUACCGCGAUCAAGCACGAGCGUUCGCCGUAUCGCGGCCGGCCGUCGAAAGUAGCCCCGUCGCGGGUUAGCGCGCGAACCGCCGGCGGAGUGAGUAACGGACUGGCUUGCGCCGCCCGCCUGGAAUCGCUAAUGAGGACAUGUUGGUUAGGCUGCCGUGACAGAGAGAGAGAGGACGAGGCCGUUACGCACUUACAGGCGACAGCCCGUCGGCGUGUUCGCGGCGGCUCGGGAGCACGCACGGCGACCGCCGGCGGCCCCGCGGCCGGUUUCACGCCCGCUCGCGAUCACGUGCCGCCUCGCGCGCGGAAAUAUAUCCGGCUAAUAGAUCAAUAAUAAGGUAUUUAAUGGUAUUCCCGAGUGUGUGUGUGUGUGCGGGGGAGACUUGUGGUGGAGACGACGCUGCUGCCAUCUGUAUUGUCAAUGUUGUCGGCCAGCAGCAGGAGCACCAGCACCAGCAGCAGCGUAAUGGAGCCGUGAGCAUUCUCGUAGCCGUACGCAAUUGCAUCACUGUGCCGACCUGUGGUCUACCCCGUGUAUACAAUGAGAUUUAACGCCGCCCACGACCAUCGACACGCGCACUCUGAAGAAAAUCUGCUUUCCAGAUAAUAAAUAUAUGGAUAACUAUGUAGGUGCACACAGCUCACCUGCAUGUGCCACGUAUCACUAGCUUAUUUGGCAUAGUAGAAUGGCACAACGAGGCAAGAGGCAUAGAAACGACAAUGAUCUGGCGUCUUGUCCGGGCGCUGUUAAGAGGCGCAAAUGUAGAUUGGGCCCAGCUGCCGCUGGUUCAUCGGCAUUGGCAGCGACCCUGGGGCCCUCAGAAGAGGAAGAAACGAUGGCGUCAUCCAGCCAAGGGGGGGUAUCCUGGACCGCCCGACCCGUCAGUGAUAUCAAGAUCCCCAGCAUAUACAAUCGGUCGUCUGCGGAGGCUCCAGCGGAGUUAUUUCGUAAAGACCUGAUCAGCGCUAUGAAAUUGCCGGACAGUGAACCAUUAAGUCCAAACGAAUAUUGGGUUAUAACUGAUCAGUGGAAACAGGAGUGGGAAAGAGGUGUUCAAGUACCCGUUAAUCCAGAUUCUCUUCCUGAACCGAUGGUUACUGUUACGCAGACGUCUCCUUUGAAGAUGCAAACUGAUUUCAAAUUGCCUAAAAAGUUUGUAAGAAUAUCUCGCGAUGAUUAUUUUAACACGGAAGAUCAUCAUUUAAGUACUACUCCGUCAAGAGCAGAGAAAGCCUGUGCUUACGACCUUGAUGAUACCGACAUUGCCUGGUUGGACAUAUUCAAUGGCGAACGAGCACAGGCUGGACAGCUGCCGGUUACGGAAUCACAGUUGGAACGUGUCAUGGAAGAGUUGGAGGUGCGAUGUUGGGAGAGGAUACAAACAAUCGUGAAGAAUGAGGAGGGCCUCGGGAUUGAGUACGAUGAAAAUGUUAUUUGUGAUGUAUGCAGAUCGCCGGAUUCUGAGGAGGGUAACGAGAUGGUAUUUUGUGAUUGUUGCAAUAUAUGUGUACAUCAAGCUUGUUACGGCAUUACUUCGAUACCCGACGGCUCUUGGUUAUGUAGAACUUGUUCGUUAAGUCAAAGACCCGACUGUGUAUUAUGCCCUAAUAAGGGUGGUGCAAUGAAGUGCACACGGAGCGGUCAGAAGUGGGCUCAUGUCUCGUGUGCACUUUGGAUUCCCGAAGUUAGCAUUGGUUGUGUAGAGAGAAUGGAGCCAAUUACAAAAAUUUCCAGUAUUCCGCAAAGCCGAUGGGCCCUAAUUUGCGUUUUAUGCCGUGAACGUGUGGGUGCUUGCAUUCAGUGCAGUAUAAAAACAUGUAAAACUGCGUAUCACGUUACAUGUGCUUUUAAAUAUGGGCUUGAAAUGAAGGCAAUUAUCGAGGACGAAAUGGCAGACGACGGCGUGAAAUUGAGGUCGUAUUGUCAAAAGCACAGUAGAACAAACACAAAAGAUAAAGUCGGUGUUGGAGGUAGCGUAGGAAGCGGUGGUGGAAAAGGAGCAUCGGACUCCGAGGAUGGUGAAUCCAGACGGCGUAAACGGAAAGACAUGACUUCUGAAGAAAAAAAUCAAGCACGCGCAGCUAAGUUGCAGGAAAUCGAAGCGGAAUUUGAUAAACAUGUAAACAUAAAGGACAUUGCUUCCCAGCAAUUGGAUAUAGAUCCCGACAGUAUCGUUUAUAUUUAUAACUAUUGGAAAUUGAAGAGAAGAGCCGGUCAUAACAAACCACUGUUAGCACCUCGUUGCGGCGAAUUAUCGAGCGCAGGUGCGCGCGCUCAGGGUCAAGCGGCGGACGUCGAAAAAAUGCGUACUUUUGUUCAAUUGCGCCAGGACUUGGAGCGUGUUCGAAAUUUAUGCUACAUGGUGGGCCGCCGCGAGAAACUCUGCCGCAGUUUCCUGAGACUGCGCGAGCAGACCUUUCACAAGCAGGCAAUGGUGAUAUCAGGUCCAUCACUACCGCCGACGGUGACUGCCGCCGUCAUCGAGGCCAAUCAUGGGCCUUCAAUAUACGAUCGUUUGUAUUCUCAUCCCGAUGCCGAGGAUCACACACUUGAUUUCGAAACAAUACUCGCUCGAAUCGCGGGCAUCGAGUCGCCUACACCAGCGUCGAGCGACGAGAAGAAAGUACAGCCGGACUUCAAUGGCGCGUCCAGUAAGAAGCUCUACUUCAACGGUUCUGUCAGGCGGAAGAGCUUGUACGGUAGUGAUGAUCUAUCGUCGAGUAGCAGCGAAACGGAUGCGACAAAACCGGUGAACAAGGCGGCCGGCAAAUUCACAAACAAGUCUAAGAGUUUGAAGGUCGGCAGUAUAGAAUCGAGCACGGAAGACGACGGAAACACGAUGUCGAAGAGCAAGACUCCCGCUAGGCGGAAAUCGAAGAAAGCCAGCGCGUCGGAUAGGUCAAGUCGAACCAAACUGCACGAUAGCAGCGAGAGCGACAAGUUUGAUACCGUGAACAGCGGAUCGCGCAAUCUGAGACGUUUGGAGAUCGGCAGUACAGGUAGCGAAAGCGACGAAUUGCUGCCAUUGAGCACGAACGCCAGUUCUCGCCUCGGACCAUCUGUAGGAUCUGCCAUAUACUCGGAUACCGAUUCAGAGUCGCAGGAGCAUCAUUCCCACUCUGCUAUACUUAUCACGAAAGCCGCGGUGAAAGAAUUCUCCGCGGCGGACAUAUCGAAGAACACUCAGAAGAACUUUACGUGUAAGGAUGCCACGAGGCAGGAUUAUCAGGACGAGUCAACGAAGAACAAAGAAAACGUGAAGAGCGGUAAGAAGAAGGAGUACAUACCAUCCGCUUUAAUAGUUCCGCAGCGACAGGCGGCGAAGAAGGCGUCGGAGAUCAUGCAACGGACGCAAGGUAAGAAAGAGAACACUGCAAACGAGCCCGUGGAGUUUGUGAAGUCGCCCGGGGAACCUCUGAAACCGACUAAGGAGAAGUCGAGUAAGAAACAGCGUGACAGCAAAGGGCCCAAGGACGUCAAGAAUAACGACGUUUACGACUUUGAUAAGGACUUUGGCGAUGGCGCGGAGAUUCUCGCUUACGUGCCGCAACGGCAGGCCGCGAAGAAAGCUGCGGAACACAUCAAGAGCGGCAUGGGUACAAAGGCCGCUCCAUCGGAUCUAGAAACCACGGACGUGAAAGUGAAGAAGGAGUUGCCGGACAGCGGUAAGAAAAAGGAGAUUAAGAAAGAGGAUUCACCGAAGAAGGAAGAACUGCCGGCGAGGAAGGAGGAAUCGUCGAGGGAGCGACGGGGAAAGAAACAGGUGCUCGAAAGCGGUAAGAGCGCAUCGUCGCCGUUGAUGAGUAAUAGCGACAGCAGCAGCAGCAGCAGCAGUAGCAGCUCCUCGGAGAGCAGCAGCGAUUCCGACGUGGCUAAGAGCCCGACGCAGAAGAUGUCAAGCGCCGUGAAGGAGCCGACUUCCUCCUCGACCAUCACCCCGAGUACUACGAGCAACACGUCCUCCGAAAGCGACACCGGCAAUCAGGUGAAGAACAGAGCCGCGACUAAACGGCAGACGGUGAACAGAGUUGCGAACGAGACGAUCGAUUCUGAGAAGAAGACUCUCGCGGGGCGGAAACUCAAAAAGCUGCCCGAUAAGAAGCUUAAAACUUCCGACGGGCGGCAUGGACCCGAGUUUCAGCCGCCGCCUACUGAGAGAGAAGAAUCAGGUAGAACCGCAAUAUCCAAGGAGCCACAGCAACAACCACAACAGCCCCAACAGCAACAGCAGUCAGCCGGCAAGAAGACCGAACAGAGAGACCUAUCCAAGAAGUCGGCAUCCCUGCAAUCACAGCAGUCUGACCAAAGUGUGCUCGGUGGGUCUCGAGAUAAUGAUGGGCUACGAGGUGUUUCUGGGGCCAAGUCUACCAAGAAAUCCGGUCAACCUGUUAAGCAGACACAGCAACAGUCUACUUCCAGAGGCAAGGAGGACGGCGGCGGAGCGGCAGCAUCCAGAGCGAGGUCGGAAACUCGCAAACGAAAAUCAAUCAGUGAGGUUACCGCGAAGGACGAGAAGGGUAACAAGGAAACGACAUCGAUCAAGAAAAUGGAGAAGAAACUAACGGAGAAGGCGAACAAGGAAGCUGAGAAAGACAGCAAACACGACACGACUAGCGGUAAGAAUAUUCCGGAACCCGCGGAAUCCCCGAAAGCGACUGAGAACACUCCCAAGAUGGACGACAAGAGAGUAAAGAAGACGAGUAAUAAGAAUGCGAUUAACACGUUGGAAGAGGAGAUGAAGCAGCGACGGGCGGAACGGGACAGCGCGAAGAAAUCUUCGAGAGGGCUGGACAAGCUUCUCGAGAAGCGCGAGCAUCUCGACAAACUGUCGAGAAACAGAACUGCCGCUCAAGAGAUCAAGAUGGAGAGAUCCGCCUUCAACGAGGAGAGCAAGAACAAGAUCGCGACAGCGGAAAAGUCCGUCGCGAAGGAGACUAUCAAGAGCGAAGACGUGAAAAAUCACAUGAGCGACGAAGUCGCGGUGUUGGACAGCGCGAAGCUGGAAAAGGAAGACUCGAAAAAGGAUGUCGUCGAGAUUACAAAGGAAAAGCCGGCGGAUAGAAGGAAGAAGGCGGAACAGAAACACGAGAGCGAGACGCAGGCUGAGAUUGAGAUUCAAGAGAACGUCGCCAAACAACCUAGCGACAACGUUUCCAAGUCGGUAUCCGAUAAAGUUACGGCCGCGCUUAUCGAUGUCUCGGCGCUCGAGAAAGAAUGUCAGCAGAAGAGGAGAAAAUCCGUCAAUCGUUGCAUCUUCUCGCCGCAGCACGGCAGCAAAGAUCCUAGCGUGUCGGAGCUGUUCGACUUCGAUCAGGACAUACUGACCGACGACAUGGUGAACGACGACGGCUUUAGCAUACCGCGCGACGAAGAGCGAGGCACGGCGCCGCUCUCGUUCUCUUUCAACAACGAGCUCUGGUUCAAAGAGGACUCGAAGGAGGACAGCGCGCGCGAAACGCUGCAUUUGGUGGAGAAGCUGCGCAUGGAGCUAUCGAAGAAAUCGAAUUCUAGUCAGUUCGAGUUGGAAUCUGUUCCGGCGGAAGAAGAGAUUCCGAAGAAAGAAGAGCAGCCUCUUCAUCCGACUGAGAAACCAGCGGAGCAGCAACCGUUGCUCCAAGAGAAGGUGGAUGUGUUGGAGCAACAGCAACAACAGCCGGUGGUGCAGCCGGUUGAAAUGAAGAACAACAGCCGUCCCGAACCCGUACAGUUAUCCGAGGAUCUCACCUGCAAGAAUCACAUGGAGGACAAGAGAAAGUCCUGCUAUUCGAGCAACAGCGAACAACAUUACGUAUACGGGAACGAGGAGCGCGAGACGGCCAAAGUGACGGUGGUGGAGCGCGCGAAGCUCGACAGAGCCGAGGCGGACGAGAGAUGGGUGCCGCCGAGCAUGGAGAACUUCAAUCCAAACGACGUGCAACACCUGAAUACGCUGAUCGACAACCAGAAUCACCGUUAUGCCGCAGCGGCCGCGGCCGCGCAUCAGUUCCCGAACGACAUUGGCGCCGUGAUACCAGACCCCGCAGCGAAUCCCGACGCAGCUCUGGUCGCGCAUUUGCAACUCAACAUGAAUAUACAGGACCAGUAUUUGCAGCAAUUGCAGCAGACGCAUCCGAUGGAACGCGUGCAGCAGCACUUGGAGGCGCAACACGCCACGGCGCAGGAUCCGUCGCGCGUGCAAUCGCUGGCGAUGAUGGAUCAGCAGGUGGCAGCAACCGCGGCCGGCACUGGAAUACCCGCGCCGAUAGUCGACGAGAUCACGCCCAUGGAAAUGGUGAAUCGCCACCUGAUCGGCCUGCCGAACUCGGAGGACGACCAGGGCAGCGAGAUGGACCGCGCCCUCGACAAGGAGGACGUCUCGUCGGAUAUCAGGCAAGAUUACACGCAGAGCGGCUCACCUUACAACGAGCUGAACGGCCGGCCGGAUACACGAUGGGCCGAAAGUCAGGUCUUACCGUCGCGCCGAUCCACAUCGUCGUCUAUUACGUCCGCAUCUUCUGCGGAAGAACACGCAGCUAUCCCACCUUACAAAAACGUGGCUCCGAUUCCUUAUCCGCCGUGCACGAUGGACGCGACGCCUUAUCACCCAUAUUCAGAAACCACUUACGCCGGAGCGGUGUCGCUGUUCCCGCCGCAGUCGUGCACCGCACCGCUGCCUUAUCCGUCACCGUUCCCGUCGACCUUCGGCGCCGCAUUUCCGGCGCCGCAGCCGCUGCUGCCGCAUGUGCCGAAGCCGCUCGAGGACUCGCUCAAUAUGCAGGCGUCGCCGUGCACCGCCGCGUUCACCUCGUCGUCGCACAACAUGGCGCUCACCGCAGCCAUGGUAUCGCCGACGAAGGUGACCACGCCGCCGCCGGCGCCCGCACCGCCGGCACCGGUUGCGCCGCCGCAGCAACAACAGCAGCAGCAACAGCAGCAGCAACAGCAGCAGCAGCAGCAGCAGUCACAGUCGCAACAAUCGACACCGACGCAACCGCCGGCCUCAGAGCCGCCGUCAGCACCGGCGCACGCAGCGUCUUUGCUUCCGCAGCAGGUUAACUUGCCCGCCGUAACGCCGUCCUUCCUAAAUACCGUCGCGGAGACGCAAGUCAGCAGCGAGACAGUCGUGGACAACGUGGCGGAGGUACUUAGCGUUGACAACAAGAGCGCGCCGUCCGGCAAAAAAUCACCAUCCAAGCCGACGAGAACAUCCGCCAGGGUGACAUCGCUGCAGGGCAAGUCGCCGGGAAAAUCACCUCGCCAGGAGACCACCAAGACCGCGCCGAGUGCUCGUGGCCGUGGAAGAAACGCCAAGAGUUCCCACCAGCACUCCAGUUACAGAAGUCGCGGUCGCGGUCGAGGACGAGGACGCGGCAGGAAUAGUCAGAACGCAUCGAUCGCGAUGCUGUCGAACGCGCUGCACAAUGACGACUCGAUUCAAAACAAGCUGGUCGGCACUGUGUACGAUUUUGAUUCGGAUGAGGACUCAACGAACGAGACCAACAUCGCAGAUCUGCGAACGAUGCGCGAGCGCAAGAAAUCCACCGACGUGAACGAGAAGAAUCGCAGCGAGCCACUCGGCGGCAUGGCGAAUGACGGCGGCAUCCAAUCUCACCUAUCUAGUCCCACGCUGCACGCCACGAAGAAAUACGCCGACGAUAAGAAGCUCUCGUCGCCGGCGGCGCAUCACGAUCACCAGGCCGCCCUGGCCAAGUCCGAGACGAGCGCUGGCCAUCAGGCGUUCACCGACAACACGGUGAUGCCGCUGCUGCCGGGUCCCGUGGAUAUGCGAACGUACAACUCGACGGUGGAUCAGCCGAGUUCGUCGGUCCACGGUCAAUCCUACGGCAAUCAUUUGCUGGGCACCUUCACGGGCGUGUCCGCCGACCCGAACUUGCCGGACAUGGACGAUUUGGACAACGAUCUGGAGAACAAUCUGCUGCACGGCAACUGCUGUGUGCUGAAGAAGGUCGCCGGUAAGCAGCAGCAGCUCGCGAGCGGCGGUUUUGAGGAGCCGUGCUCGAAACCGGACUUCGGCAACCCGUCAGCGAUGGACCCGUCGUCCGCACCCAGCUUCGACACGAACAAAGUUUCUCUAACCGACUCGAGGAAUCAGCUGAAAGUUAAAAUCAAAGGCCCGUUCUUGGACGCGAACUAUGUGCCGGCUUCGUCGGUGCCACCGUUAGCACAGCAAGCGCCGGUGAUCAUUACACCGACCGCCACCAACGCGUCCGUUGCCACAGGCACGUCGAAUCUCCGUCGCAUGCGUAAGAAGGAAUUGUUGCAUCAGUAUUGCUCGCAGAACACAAAAGAUCCUACGUGCGGCAACGUUGCUUCCGCGCCUAUUAUCAUCCCGCCCAUCAAUCCGAGUCGCACGGUCAUCACCAUUCCCAAGGCCGUGGCGUCGAUGACGAGUAUACCAACCCGCGAAGACUACAAGGCGGUCGUGGACGCGAACAUGGAGAAGAAACGGCGGAAGGAACGCGGCAAUAGCGGCGGCGGCAGCGGCGGAUUCCUCGAUGUUAUAGCCGGUGAAGAGGAAAGUUCCGACAGGAAACGCGGUCUUAUGGUGGGAGCAGUCAGUGAUCGUCGAAGAGGUAGGCAAACGAGACCGACCGCCACCACGGUGGCGAACAGCACCGGACCGCCGAAGCUGAAAAUCAAGAUCGGCAAUAGUAUAAUCGGCGGCCAGGAGAUGGGCAACGCGCAAGACGAUCGCAGCAGAAUAAGACCGCCGAAGAAACGGCUGAGCAGCAUCCCGAGCACACCCAGCAUGGAGGAGCUCCGUCGCGAGAGCAUGAAGUUCCGCAAGAUGAUCAUGGCGGGCUUCGAGAACGACGAGAAGACGAAGAGCAAGCGCGACAAGAACGGCAAGCGGAAGAAGCGGCAGUCGAGUAAGAAGGAGGCGCGAGUGCAGAUUCUGGAGGGCGGCGCCGCGCCUCCGAAACUGAUUAUUCGACUGGGUAAGCCGGGCGCCAACUCCUCGACGACGAGCGACGCGCCGUGCGACGCGCCGGCGGCGGUCGUCGUCGCCACCGGGGACGAGGAUGACAAUCAGCAACAGGCGUCGUCGGACAACAAGGACAGCCGAGUAGGUCCACCGCCGCCCGAGCCCGCCAAGGAGGAGGCCGGGGUCUACUCGAUGCAAGGCGGCGUCGACGAGAAGCAGCCGACGGAUCCGAACGCCGGCGCCACCGCCCUGAGGAACGUCCGCUCGGCGAAGGUCACGCCGAUCCGGUUAAAACUGACGCGCUGCCAGGAGGGCUACGAACUAAAGGAUCCAGUGGUAGCGAGUAGCGCGAGUGUGGACGAUGGUGGUAGUGGUAGUGCGACGACGACGACGACGAUGGUGAACUCGGUAGCGUCGUUGCCGAUCGGCAGCGCCGAGCAACAAGAGACGACGACGACGGCGACGGCGACGGAACGCUUACCGGUCGUUGACGCCAACGUCGUCGCCACCGCCAGCGACGCGAGGCCCGAGCAAGAGGAGCGGCCGCCGAGCACGGAGAAGCAAUCUUCCAAAGAGGACGAUAUUCCAUUGCUGCCUCAGUCCGCGAAUCACAGCUCGUCGGGGUGUCCGCCCGCACCGCUCCCGCAAGGAUGCCAAGUUAGGUAACGAGAGUUAUGCGUAUAAAAUACUCAUGGUUGAUGAAGCGGCGUGCCAUCUUUUGUACCGGUAUGUGACCGAAUUGACACGCGUCACGUGCACAUUUGACAACACACAAGGUAAAGAUAUAAGAUAAAGAUAUUUCGUUCUUUUUUGUUUUUCUUGUGCGAGGCUGAGGGGCGACGCACCUCAUUAUCAUCCCCCUCAUUAUUUGAAAGAGAAAACUGGGUUGCACCAAGCCUGUGCUUAAUCCUUUUUUCUAUCCAUCGCCACUUUUUUAGUAUCAGCAACUUUAGAUAAUGUUACUAAUUUUAUAAUACAUUAUAAAAAAUUAUUAUAUUAUUAUAUAUUAUAUUUAUUAUUAUAUUGCAAAUAU